GGGUUGGCUGCAUUGUGAUAGCGACAGAUGUCCAGAGAACUGCGAGGGACACUCCUCAGUUGCAACACUCUGCACCUCUGAGAGCAGGGCCGGAAUCUGCAGCUGUCACCCCAAAAGGCUUUUUCCUCCAUUACCGCAUCCACACGCAGACUGGGAAUAAGGCACCAGGAGAAUUGUCUACAAAAGGAGCCAUCAUGGGAGCCAAACUGAGCAAGAAAAAGAAAGGAUAUGACGUUAGCGAUCCCAAAAGCAAAAACGAUGAGACCCCAGCAACAAAUGCCGCUAAAGUGGAAGAUGGAGCCCCAUCCACGGGAGCCGAGUCGACGCCUGGGAACAACGGUGUCGUUGAGGAGACUGUUGUGUCAGCAGUAGCUGAAGCUGCUGUAGCUUCAGAGGAGCCGAAAGCACCUUCAGAUGAGAAAGCUCCUGCAGCUAAAGAAGAGGCUGCUCCUGAACAAAAAUCAGAAGCCAAGGAAGCUGCACCAGUGGCAAAGGAACAGGCUGCAGCAGAACAAGCAGCUCCUGCUGAGAAGGAAAAGGCUGUGGAAGCAGCUCCACUUGCAGAGGAAAAGCCUCUGGUUGUAGAGGAAAAAGCUACAGUAGCAGAAAAAGCUCCAGAACAUCCAAAAUCUGCUCUUCCAGAAGAACCGGUACCUGUAGCUACAGAGGAAGUUGCUCCAGAGCAGAAAUCAGCUGUCGGUGAAGCAUCUCCAGUCGAAUCCAAUAAACCAUCUCCCAUAGAAGAACCUGCUGCAUCAACAGCUCAAGCAGAACCAGAGAAGCCAGAACCCAAAGUAGAGGAGCCAACUGCAGAGCUGUCAAUGGCUACGACAGUCACAGAAAGUGCAUCUGCUCCAGCAUCAGAAGAACCAGUGCAAGUUGAGGCUGAAACUGAGUCUACAGUUGUGCCCGAAGAGCCUCCUGCAUCUGUGGCAGAACCACAUGUUCUGGCCAGCACAGAGGCAGAGCCAGAUCCCACCCAGGAGCACGUUACUGUGUCAGAAGCCACUGUGGAAGAAAAAGUUGUUCCUACCACUGUCUCAGAAGCUGAGCCUGCAGGAGAGAUGGAAUCAGAACCCAGACCAGAGACCAAGCAAGUUGGGGGUCAGGCAGCAGAAACUGUGGAGGUACCAGAAGUUAAAGUGCAACAAGAGCAAAUGACAGAACCAGAACAACCAGAGUAUGUGGAGACAACUGAGCCAGAACCUGAACCAGAACAACCCACAGGACCAGAGGUAGAACAGUCACCAGAGCCUGAACAAGUAGAAGAAACCGAACCACAACCAACCCUGGCUGCAUCUGACACUACUGAGGCAGAAUCAUCUGACGCCUUGGAUGCUUCAGCUCAACAUGUCUUCAGUGAAGCUCAUCCUGCAGAGGAACCACCACCAACUGAAGCAGCAGAACCUGCCCCUGAAGUCAUCAUCUCACAGUCCGUUUCCACCAGCAGCAUGACUGUUGAGUCUGAUAAAGUAGCCUUGGAGGAGGUAGCGUGCCCAGAGAACAAGGUGGAAACCAAGUUGGAAAAUGGAGAUUUAGAGAGCCCGUCUGUCCCAGAGAACAUGGCAGAAGCCGUUCCAGCAGUGAACGGGCAGUGCAGUGAUAAUAUAGCUGGGCCGGCCGCACACUGAGACGAAUGUGUUAACGGGAAUGAAAAUCUAGAGGAGAUGUCCGUUAAAGAGCUGAGUGAGUUUGAACUGAAAAAGGACUUGUGUGAGGACGUCCAGAAAGUUC